CCCGGCCGGAGGCCGCCGGUCGCUCUGCCGCGAGUUCAGCGCGCUGACACGGGAGCCGUUUCACGUUUUCCCGUGGGCAGCUCCCAGCGCGCUGCGGCCCGACGGCGCGCCCGCCUCGGCAUGUCCCCCGCGCUGGCGGCGGCCUGGGCGGGCGGGAGCGGCGGAGGGCGGUGUCCCCGGGGCGGGCUGGCCGGCUCGGGCCUGCUGGUCGGCGACCGCCGGUGUGCGGGGCGGAGGCGGGGUGCUAGGCGUCGGGAACGUCAGUGCACGGCGGUGUUUCUCGGUUUGGUCUGUCAUGCGGUCCUUUGGCCUGGAGGAGUUUGGGAGUCUGGAAACCUCUUUUUUCUCGUGGACGGUUAAGGAUUGUUUGGCUGCAGUGGCCAAGGAAUUUCCUGAGAUGCUUUUCUUUGGUUCUGAUGCUCUUCAGAACGUUUGGAGGAGGAUUUUGUUCUGUCGAUUGUUACACGUACAACCCUACUAUUUUCUGUUUGGGGCAUUUGAAGCCUGGUGGAAUACUGCAAUGGCAGCUCAGAUGACUGACGCUCAUCGACGGUUCUUGCAGGUCCUGAUGUCUCAUGGGAUAAUGGAAGGAUCAGAAGCUAGGAAAUUACACAGGCGCUGCUGUGAAAUCCAUAAAGUCUACUACGCGCAUGAUAAACUGGAUGAUUUCAUCAGUACCAUUAACAGCCAUCUACAGCCUUUGUUUAUGCAGAUCCGGAAAGGAAUGUCAGAAGGUGAUGGGAGAGCACAUUAUGCUUUAGUGAAUUUGGCAGAAACUGAAAUAACUAAAAUGGCAUCAGACUAUACAGAAAAUGAACUAGAAUUGUUCAGAAAAACAAUGGACCUAAUCAUCUUAUCAGAAAAUGGCUUUGCCUCUUCUACAGAUAUUUUAAACUUGACUGACCAACUGAAGACAAAGAAAAUGAAGAAAAAGGAAGCGGAACAAGUGCUGAAAGUUUUUGUGGAGGAUAAGUGGCUCUCUGAGAGAAAUGGAGAAUAUACUCUGCAUACUCGCUGCAUAAUUGAGAUGGAACAAUACAUUCUCAGCAACUACCAAGAUGUGGCAAGGAAGUGUAACAUCUGUCACAGCCUUGCCAUCCAGAGCCAAAUAUGUGAAUCCUGUGGAAUUGGAAUGCAUUUACCUUGUGUCAGAAAGUACUUCAGAGCUCAGACUGAACCACGCUGUCCGCAGUGUAAUGAUUUCUGGUCUUGUGACAUUCCAGGUAUGAAUCGGAUAGACUCCCAGUCACCAUCAAAAAGGGAGAGCAGAGAAGAGCUUCAUUCUUGGCACUAGACGAUGCUAGUAAAACUCGCUUUCAGUGAAAACUUUUUUCCCCACUCGCAGAAUAGCCGGACUGUAUUGUAUUCAUUAGUAACAGUGCAUUGUUCAGUGUACUUACUUUUUCCUGAAGUUUUACGGAUUUUACAAUAAAACGAACAUCCUGAA